UCACACAAAGCCGUCAUUGCUAUCACAAUGUCAGUGUUGCGCUUAUUCAGUGCUGAACUUAUUUCUAUCUAUCGCCAAAGUUUACUGGCCACCGGCACCGGUCAAGCGAGAUAUUUCUCAUCAACCGCUUUGCAACGGCGCUCUACACAGCCAGGAAAAGAAGUCACCGAAGAAACAGCAGUAGCCGACGAAUCGGAACCGCAAGAGGAAGCUGGUGACUCAACCGCAUCCAAGCAACCCACGGAUGAUCCGAAGGAUCGAUCUCGUGUGAUUCCCGUCGAGACAAGCAUUCGCUAUCUAGCUAGUGAAGCUUACCGGCAAACGUACCAAAACGACCCGGUGUGGAAACAGUACCGCCGCAAUCACAAAGGACCGUAUCCACCGAAACUGACGCGUAAAACUUGCAUCCGCAAGGGACGCAUAUCAACUGGCAAUCCUUGCCCGAUUUGUCGCGACGAGUAUCUGGUGCUGGAUCACAACAAUAUCGAUCUGCUGAAGCAAUUUAUUUCAUCGCAAACGGGUGAGGUGUUGAGCUACCGGGUGACUGGGCUGUGCCAGAAGAAACACACGCAGCUGUUGGUCGCGGUCGAAAGGGCUAUGGACCGUGGAAUGCUUACGUUUGAUGUGCCAUUCCGGGAGUACGAUUACAGUGAAUAUUAUCCUACAAAGGAAAACAAUUCCUCAAAGUAG